AACUUCCCAGCGAAAGCAAACCAAAGCCAGAGGGGUGUGGGGAAAGGGAGAGAGAAGCACCUAAGGCGGGCUCUGGCCAUGCCCAAGCCCCGCUGCGUGCCGGCCGCCUGUCCCGGGCGCCGCGGGGUCCCUCCCGGCAGGUAGCCAGGCUGGGGGCCGUGGGAACUCCCUCUCUCUCUCUCCUCUUGCCUUCCGAAACCCGCUGCACUUGAGAGAUUUGUUCUUCUUCCCGAUCUCUGCAAGCACCUGCACCUCCCUGGAUAAAUACAUCUUAAAGAGGAAGCUUUUCGGUUCAGCCACCUUCUGGCAGGCUCCGGGCUGAGGGCUGCACGGAGCAGCCACGAGCUGACUGCAGGAAACUUUCUGCCAAACUUUUCUGGUGCUUCGCUUCGCUUUUUAACCCUUUGAGUUACUUUGCACCACCCAGGCGGGCUGAGGAGCUUUCUUCUCUCAGGCAGAGUUAACGCUCCCUCCCCAGGCACUUCACGAAUUAAAAGAAGGGGAAAAGGAGGAAUAAAGUUGUUGUGAAAACAGGAGAGGGAAAUAAAGCUACAAACUUGUCAUUCGAGAAGAAAGGAAAGAAAACAAGAACUGCAGCCCAAGGAUGAAGCGGUGAAUGGAAAGAACAAUUUAACUGGAAUCAACAAGUGGGAAUUUCUGCACGCCUUGCUCUUUGCCUCCCUCCCUUCUCCAGCCCGCAGGCUUUCACAAACUUGUUGCUGGCAAGAAAACUUGUCCCCUGUUGCUGGAUCUCUCCUCCUCCUGUGCCUCACAAGGGAUAUAGCGGGCACCAGCCCCCGCACCGGCCAUGGUCCCCAGGCCCGGCAUCGCCCUGGCUGUCUGUGCCCUUCAGGGGCUGCUCCUGAUCCACGGUCUUGCUGAGGAAGAAUUUUUUGAGAAACCAACUCUAAGCAUUACAAAAGACCACAUUGUCAUCUUACCAGGAGACACCCUGAAGAUAAAAUGCAGGGGAACAUCUUCUGUCAGCUGGCUUUUGAAGGGGGAGCAGAGCCAAGACCCCCGGGUGAACGUAAGUGAUUGUCGUGGUAACACCAGGCAGAGCUGCAGCAUGCUGCUCAUCAGGAAGGUCGUGGCCAAUGACACAGGUUACUUCACCUGCAUUUAUGAUGACUCCCCAUCUAAUGAGGAUCUCAUGGCCAAGAUUUACGUGUUUGUUAAAGACUACAGAAAUCCAUUUGUGGAGAUUCAUCCAGAACAUCCCAAAAUAAUCUUCAUUUUAGAUGCUAAGAAAACGGUGGUUGUCCCUUGCAGAGUUACCUCACCAGAUAUCAAACCUAAGCUUACCCAGUAUCCUCUUUCUGUAGAGAUGAACUUCAAGAAGAUGUUGUGGGACCCAAAAAGAGGAUUUAUCAUCCCUUCUCAUUCUUUUCUUUACUCUGGAGUACUCACAUGCACUGCAAAUGUCAAUGGAAGCACAUUCACCUCCUAUUACCUAGCCCAGAGACUGGAGAGCAGAGUACAGAACCUGACUCUUAAAGCAACUCCCAAAAAACUGCUUGUUGGAGAAACUCUCUAUUUGGAAUGCAGAGCAGAAACCUUCAUCAACGGGCGCAUUGAGUUCAUAUGGACAUGUCCUAACGGGAGACAACCUUAUCCUAGAAGAACAAUGGACCGGGGUGGCACAGUGUAUAAAGUUGGCAGCAGCCUGACAAUUCAGAAUGUCACCAUGCAGGAUGGAGGCCUGUAUGUAUGCAAAACAUUCAAUGUAACAAGGCUGGAGGCCAAUGUCACAGUUACAGUCUAUGACAAGCCUUUCAUCACAGUUUCAUAUAAGAAAGGGCCUUACUAUGAGAUUACAUCAGGGCACAAGUCACUGAAACUAGCUGCAAAGGUGGAUGCCAUUCCUCGACCAAAUGUUGCCUGGUACAAAGAUGGCAAACUGAUCAAGGAUAACCACACUUGCUAUGAGCCAGACCCAAUGAGGUACAGACUGGGCAUAAGAGAUGUGAGACCGAAGCAUGCUGGAAACUACACCAUCGUCUUGAGCAAUGCAAAAUAUGGCCUCUAUAAGAACCUCACCAUGCAGCUGGUAGUGACAGAGAGACCCAAAAUCUAUGAAAAAGAAACUGACUUUGAUAAGAUUGAGAGGGUGGAAUUAAGGAGCCAACACAAAAUCCAGUGCACUGUAAGUGGGAAUCCUGACCCGAAGAUUGAGUGGAAGUGGCAGUCCUGCAGCCCCACAGGCACACUAUGCAACCCCAAUGGGCAAAAAAUUGUGGUUCGAGAGAACAUGUUCAUAGGCAACAAGAUCAGAAGCAUUGAAAACAUAACCCUGAAGCAUGGGGAUAAAAGAAAGAUUGUGAGCACACUAACUACAGAAAACAGCAGCACAUCAGGAAUCUAUUACUGUGUGGCUUCAAACAAGGUUGGUGAAGAAGCGAGGAGCAUCGAGUUCUAUGUCUCAGAUGUGCCCUUUGGGUUGCAAACAGACCCACAAGUCACAACCAUCGUGGGGAAUGACGUCUGGCUGACCUGCCGGGCCUCCAAGUACAUCUACAGUCACCUGGCCUGGUAUUAUCCCUCCUCAGAGGCAGCUCUCAGUGACUCAGUGAUCAAGAAAACUGACAACUAUUCCAUUUCUUUGACACUCAUUAUUACUAACGUCACAAAGGAACAGAGCGGCCUCUACAAGUGCAGAGCCCAGAACCAGCACAACAGCACCGACACGCUGGAACAGCACACUCAGCUCUUUGUCAGAGCAAAGGCAGCACCGUAUGUGAUACAAAACCUCACGGACUUGGAGGUUAACAUCAGUGGCAAGAUCAUUCUGGAGUGCAAAGUCAGUGGAACACCAGAACCUCAGAUUACAUGGAGGAAGAAUGGCUUCCCCAUUUCAGCAGCCUCAGGAAUUUCCAUGGAAAAUAAUACCCUGGUCAUUGAGAGAGUGAAAAAGGAUGAUGAAGGGCUCUAUGAAUGCAGAGCAUCCAAUGACAUGGGCCAAGACAGCACUUCAGCCUUCAUUAAAAUACAAGGUUCUGAGGAGAAAUCCAACAUAGAAGUUAUCAUUUUGGUGUGUACUGGGCUGGCUGCUACCCUCUUCUGGCUUCUCCUGACCUUAUUCAUUCGGAAACUGAGAAAACCUGAUGCCACAGAUAUUAAAACAGGAUACCUGUCAAUUAUAAUGGAUCCAGAGGAAAUGCCUCUUGAUGAGCAGUGUGACCGUCUUCCCUAUGACAGCAGUAAAUGGGAGUUCCCAAGAGACAGACUGCGGCUGGGUAAAACACUGGGUCAUGGUGCUUUUGGGAAGGUGGUGGAAGCGUCUGCUUUUGGCAUUGAUAAAUCUUCAACCUGCAAAACAGUUGCCGUAAAAAUGCUUAAAGCAGAAUGUGCAACUACUAAUGAAUGCAAGGCCUUAAUGUCUGAACUGAAGAUCCUCAUCCAUAUAGGACAUCAUCUGAAUGUAGUCAACCUGUUGGGAGCCUGCACCAAAGCUGGAGGUCCUUUAAUGGUUAUAGUAGAAUAUUGCAAAUAUGGAAAUCUGUCCAACUAUCUAAGAGGAAAACGAGGAGAUUUCAUUGCAUGCAAGUCCCAGGAAAACUCUGACCAAGCAGAAAAAAGUCUGGAUGAGUCCAACAGUGAUUUGACCGAACUGAUCAAGAGGCGCCUCGAGAGCGUGGCCAGCACAGGAAGCUCUGCCAGCUCAGGAUUUAUUGAAGAUAAGAGUUACAGCGACUCAGAAGAUGAUGAAGAAGAUGCUGAGGAUCUGUACAAGCGGCCUCUGACUUUGGAGGAUCUGAUUUGCUACAGCUUCCAAGUGGCAAAAGGCAUGGAGUUCCUCGCCUCCCGAAAAUGCAUUCAUCGGGACUUGGCAGCAAGGAACAUCCUUCUUUCAGAGAACAACGUGGUUAAGAUCUGUGACUUUGGACUAGCCAGAGAUAUUUAUAAAGACCCUGACUAUGUGCGGAAAGGAGACGCCAGACUUCCACUGAAAUGGAUGGCUCCAGAAGCUAUUUUCGACAAAAUUUACACAACACAGAGUGACGUGUGGUCUUUUGGAGUGCUGCUAUGGGAAAUAUUUUCUCUUGGUGCCUCACCAUACCCUGGAGUGCAGAUCGACGAGGACUUUUGCCGACGGCUCAAAGAAGGAACUCGGAUGAGAUCUCCAGAGUACUCUACUCCCGAAAUCUACCAGACAAUGCUGGAUUGUUGGCAUGGAGUACCCACAGAGAGACCUACUUUCACCGAGCUUGUGGAGCGCUUAGGAGAUCUGCUUCAAGCCAAUGUACAGCAGGAUGGUAAAGACUAUAUUCCACUGAAUAUCACCUUGUGUCCUGAUGGAGAAUCUAACUCCAAAACCUGCCCUGUGGAAGAGAACUUGAACAACUGUGUUAAUCGCUGGAGUGCAGUGGAAACUGGUAACAACAGCAAGAAGCGACCACUGAGUGUGAAGACAUUUGAUGAGGUGCCAGUGGAAAAGGAGAAAGUGAUGCAUGAGGAGUCAGACAGCGGGAUGGUGCUGACGUCAGAGGAGAUGAAAAGCCCGAAGAGGCUGGAAAUCCGUUCCUGGCCUUACGGUAUCAUGGCUCUAGCGCGGAGAGCUGUUAGCAAGAGCAAAGAAUCCAUAUUAGCUGAUCACGAGCGUGAGGCUGUCAAAUACCAGCCAGCAGUACAGGUAGAGGAGGACACCAUGGACUUCACUCUGGAAGACUCUGUGCUUCUCCCUAUGGAUCCAAACCUGGAAUGCCACAGCCCACCUCCGGAUUACAACUCUGUCAUUCACUACUCGGCCCCUCCAGUGUAACCAGCCCAACCCAAGUCAGGGUAUCUUGCACCUCUUAGCCAUGCUAGAUUCUUACACGCCUCCAUGCCUGGAUAAAGAGGCUGGGUUAAAACAGAAGGGAAAUCUGACAGGACAGUGGCUCCUGUAUUUCUUCUGGCACAUCUCUGAUGUGAAUAGAAACAUUUUAAGAGACAUCUUUGCUGUCUUUAAAGGCCUAUUGCAAUAUAUGCAGUAAAUCAAAAUUCUGUCUAUCAGAGUUGUAAGAGUGAGCUGUAACCCAGAACUGCUUCCACUCCUUCCUCCCCUUGCUGGGACUGUUCUUUUGGCAUUUGCAGAUUUACAAGUUCCUUCACAUACAUUUUAGUCCAUAAGAGUCACGUUAAGCUGGUUGUGACAACAAGAUUCAUCCUACUGGUCCUGCACACACCUUGCAGGGAUUGUUUAGGCGAUCCUGUAAGGGAUCAGCUGGAAACAGCAGCCAUACACACUAAAAUUUUGGUUUUGGGAGAAAGUCUAACAUUGAAAUAUCAUUCUUAACUUGAGAUCAUAUCUUCUACAAAUAUUUUUUAACCCAGAGUACUUUGGUUACAAUUUGUGAUUCAAUAAUUUCCAUUACCUAUAAUAUUUACUCCUAAAAAUGACAUGGCACAGGGAAAGCAGAUAGUACUUGUACCAACAGGCAGGUUGGCCUUUUGAGCCAUCAGAGCACACAGUGUUGUUAAAUCUGUUUCCCUGUGCCUUCUCCUUCAUCAAACAGCAAUUCAUUUAGCACGUAUGCAAUAGAGAACUUUGAUGGAGAUGCCUCUAUAAUGAUAGCAGGGCAAAAUCACUGCCUUAAAUAAGAACCUUCUUAGGUUUAAGUAGAAUUUCCCAGCACAUGUGCACAUUUGUGUGAAUGUGCAUAAAAUACUCACUAGCAAUGUGAGAGUCACACAUAAAUGCACAUAGACCCUUGAGGCACCAACAUGGUAGCAGCAUUUUUAUGUUUCCUUUCUGCACAUAGGCUAUUUACUAAAAAGAACAUGAAAAAAUAAAGGCAUUUCCUUUGGAUUCUGUGGCAGAUGCCCAAGAGUUUGAUCCUGGGAAUACCAGCCAAUGCUAAACUGUAGCAUAUGGGACAUAUACUUGUCUCUGUCUUGCCAAGGUAAAUAUGGGUAUGAUGUGCAAUGCCCUCUGCAUUUAACCCUUUCAUGGGUUAAUGGUAAUUUACAGCUGGUUUUGCAGCCUGACCACGCAGGGCUGAACGGAUCACAAGUUCUCACAAUUGAGAAAUUCAAAGCGUGUUGCCUUCCACCCAAAAGCUGCGUGUGGCAGGGACUGUUGGUCUGCAGAUUAUGCAUUCUCAGGUCCCAUGCAUACAGACAACAACUUCAAAAAUAAGCAAAUAAUCCCUGUCAUUAUGUGCUAUGGAACAAUCAGAAUUGACUUCAGAAAUCCAGGAAGGAAAAACAUCUCUAGGCUGCGAGUAGAAAGAGCGAGGAUCAGAGAGAUGGUCAUUGCCAGUCAAAGCUCUAAGCUCCUCAGUUAUAAAUCCUGAUCUCUAAAUGACUGACCGUGCAGUUUCUUCUAAGGUCUGCACAAUCAUUUUGUUUUCUUCUUAGGACUUGACACAGAUUUGACUUCUUCAGAGAAAAAGAAUUUUUCUUCAUGAUCACAGAGAAAAAAAAAUCUGACACUUGCAAACAAUUCCAUUACCUUGGCAAAGACAGGCAAAACCAGCCUCUCAGCAGUGAGGAAAACAUUUCUGGAUGAUUGGUUACAGUUGGUUACAUUGAAGUAAACACAAACAAGCCUCAGGUAUUAUCCAAGGGGGAAACAAAUCUCCAAACCCCACACCACGUUAACUGUGAAUGCUAAAGCAUCUGAAGCACAGGCUCUUGGGACUGCACUUCCCCUUCUCCUUGACUUCAGAUUCAAUGUAUUAAGGAAAUUGCCUGCAGUGACUCAUGAGCAGACCUGCUAGAUAGUUGUGGUCUGGAGUUGCUUUAUGGUCAUUUUUGCACUUCUCUGUAUUUUAGUACCUAUGUGUUAAGCUGGGCAUAUAAUAGCAGAAACUACUGGGAAAGAAUUUAUCUGAUGAGCCCCAGAAAGCUCAUCAGAUCAGUUUUUCAUCACACAGUAAAUUAACUAUCUAUAGCUCUGAUGAAAUAAUCAAUCACUUCUUUUGGAAAUAACUUAUUCGUGUGGCAAAAAGGAAAAAAAGGUGCAGACAGUUUGUCUGGCUCGACUGUUACUGGCAUCAAUACGAGAUGGUUUGUUGUGCCUUGUUCUGGCAACACUUAAACCUUUGCUUAUGAACUUUAAAAUAAGUAUACAUAGGAAAAAGAACCUGCAAGUAUGCUCUCUAUUUUGAAAAAGAAUGGGGAACACUGCUGUGUGAACUGUGUGCUUCUAAGAGAGCCAAGUACAAUCUCUUCACAACCUAUCAAGGAUGAACUGUCGAGUUUUCUCUGAGGCCAGAGGAAUAUGAAGGAUGUUUCCAGGUGGCACCUGAGCAGACACCCUAAUGCAGCACUCAAUAAUCGUCUAUCAGCCUUUCUGCAUCAUGCAAGAUGACAUGAAAACAAGAGUGCAGGCUCAAGGGCUCAAGACACACUUUAAAACACUGGUUGCAUUGACAGCCCCUGAAGCCUGAGGGCUCGUCUGCAGUGGCAAAAGCAUCAGCAGCCUUGAGCAGCACUGAGGGCCAGUUCUCCAGAGAGCAAAGACACCCUUGGAACACUCAAUAAUGGCCUUCAAUUGUUCUGGAAAUGGCAAGUGAGUGAUGUUUGGGCAGCUGUGUUUCCAAUGUUUGUUUUGAGUGGAUGAUUUUUUUCCUCCUUAUAGUAAAUGUAACAAGCAAAAGUAUUGCCCGAAAAGUAUUAUUGAACACAUGUCUUCUAUUUUAUUUACUAAUAUGUUGUUUGCCCUUUUCUGUCCUCCCUUAAUUUAAUUAUUGUUCUUUUCUUACAGUGCUGUAUAUAGUUUACUUAGUAGAAACAAAUAUAGUGAUUCAUUUAUAUGGUAAAAUUUGUAACAUUUUAGUCAAAAGAGAAAGAGAUACCCAGACAUAAAAGAGUUAAGUAUUGUUACUAAACAUUUCACUAAUGCUUGCAGGCCAGGCUCCAGUUUACUGUUCCCUAUAAGUGCCAUUUCACAGUAGUUUCGUCUUGGCUGCAAGUAUCUCCAGCUCUCACUCAUCCUCCACAUUAUUUAGUUUCAGUUAGGAAACAGGAAUCUGGAGGAAUCUGGCAGGUUUAUCUCAUUCCUGGAAGUGUCACCAUGCAGCUGAUGGUAGAGGUGAGGUAUUUCCACUGCCUGUUUUUGUUGAAGGCUGCUGUGUUGGCUAGAGGAUCAGAAGGGGCCAAAUUGUUUAAAUGAUGUGAGGUUUAUUAUUUUUUCAGACUUCUCAGGGAUUCUUACUAGACUUCUGUCAGCCACCUGCUUUAUCCAACCUGUCUCAGCUCAAUGGUAACUGGUAUUAACACACACCUUUGUUUUCUUUAAUGGUGCUUAUUCCUACUGUUUGUGUCCACCUGUAACCCCAGAGAAUUAGGGCAAAGGAACUCAGAGCUCACCACAGAAAUGUGUUGUCUUCUCUUCAACAAUUACCUGCCACACAGGUCUCCAAGGAUAAGUGCCUUCACCUGCAUGUGAUUGUUCAGGCUGGUGUUUUUAACAGUCUGGUUUCCUAUCUCCUGUUUUCUCCACUUUUCAUCUCUCUUGAUAUUUGUUCUUUGCAGUCCCUUUAGAUUGCUUUUCUGUGCCUUUUGCAGAUCAGGCAUGGGACUCAUCCCAUUCUGCUAUUUCCUGUUUAUUCUGCACUUGCAGAGGCUGAUCUAAACCAAGCAUUUCUCCCUUUACAACAUUUUCCACUAUAGGCAAGGGAAACUAUAUUGGUUUAUCUGGAAGUCUCUCUAUAUCCUUCCCUGAAAGGGACAAGAUUUGUAAUCUAUUUAUUUUUCAAUAUUUGAUAUCUGGAGCAAAACAAAGGUUGGUGACUAUCUAUGUGAAUCUCAUCUUUCUCCCAGUCCUUUCUCAAACAAUGAGGCUUCUCUUACUUUCUUCCAAGUCAUCCUCACAAGAAGGGGGUCCUUAGGAAGGUGCUGGGUCCACACCAUCUACCCAGGAUAUCAAGAAAGGCCAGAUAAAAACCUGAAGUCUGAGUAAUAAUCUCAAGAAAAAACACUGAAAUUUGAAACCACUGAAUGCUGAAGAUGUCUACAGCUAGGGAUGGCUGCAGGAAUAAACUGCUCUGCUUCAGACAUCCCACUAACACAAGCACUACUCUUCAGUUAGCCUGCUUGGCCAGUGCCUGGGGUAGCCUAGAGUGUCCAGACACUUCUCUCUUUGUAUUUGAGUUCUUGUAUACUGUAGGAAUGUCAGUCAGCAGGUAGGUAUGUAAGCCUGUAACUGGAAUCUCCUUCCUUGGAGGUCUUCAAGACCCACCUGGACAUGUUCCUAUUCGACCUGAUCUAGGUUGACCUGCUUCUGCAGGGGGUUGGAUUGGAUGAUCUCUGGAGGUCCCUUCCAACCCUACCAUCCUAUGAUUCUAUGACUUAUGUUCUCAAGGAUCCUUCACACUAAGCAUUGCACUGCCUUGUCAUGUCCCAUCUUGCUUUACAGAUUUGCUCUAGCCCUCUUCCAGCUCUAAGGGUGAGAUCUUGGGUCAAUGCUCUCUAGCUCCCACCAGUACCAACAGGAUAACACUGCAGGGAAGCAUCCUUAGCAGAAAGCUACAGUAACAAGUUAAAGCAGUAUUGGGUUUUCUUGGAUAGAUGGAGUUAGGAUAAGUAUCAGACAUCAGCCUACAAUUUUUUUCUUAUCAUAAAGUGAAUGGAAAAUGCAGAAGGUAGCAAUAAUCCCCUCCCUGCAAUCAGCAAUGGCCAAAACCUAGGAUCCAUUUUCCUGGGUUUAUACUACAUGAAAAAAAAAAGUAAUAAUUUUGCCAAAAUACUGACACCAGCACCAUAUCUUAUGCAAGUCAAAUUCAGGGACAACUUCUGGAUUUGACCCUAUCAAGAGUCAGUCACUGUAUAGUUUGAACCCAAGCACUGGCUUGUUUGUUGGACUCACCAGUUGUUUUCAUAAUGUGUUAACAUAGAAAAAGCAGCUUGUUGGACUGGGUCAUUUGGGACCUCAAACAAAUAUGAUGCCCUAAGGGCUGUGGUUACAGGAAGACUAGUGUGGUAUGCACUGAGCUGUGUCCCCUUGUCCUGCUUAAUAAGCCUAUGCCAACAAGAGCCACCACAUCCUUAUUAAUCAAUUCAUUUUUCCUUAGACCUUGAGUUGUCAAAGUAGCUAAUGAAAACUGGGAGAAUCCAGUAACAUGGGAUUUAACGAAAAGAAACUAAAUGCCAUAUAAUACUCAAAACACUGUGGAAUGUUUGUCUGCCAUGUUCCUGUCUGUCUGAAGAAUGUAUGCACUGAAAACAACGCUUUCUUAUGUAGUCAAAAAUUGUACUGUAUCUAUUAACCAAAAAAAAUAAAAAGAUUCUAUAUUUAUACA